GGCGGCCGGAAGCGGCGGGAGGCAGCGUGGGGCCGGCGGCGGGGCGGGUUCGGUGCCGCCGGAGCGGGCAGCGUCGCAGCGGCGGAGCUCCAGCCCCUUCCUUCCUUCCUUCCUUCCUUCCCGCCCUUCGCUGCGCUGCGGCGGCGGUGGUACCGAUGAGCGGCCUCCGAGCGCCCGGCGGGCGGCCGGCGGCAACCCCGGUGCCGACGUGCCUGCUUCUGCUGGGGCUGCUCCUGUCCGCCGCCGCCGGCGGGGGCUGCGACCUGGGGGCCGCGGACGUUGGCGCUGGCCGGCGGGGAGGACGGGAAGGCGCCGCCGCCUCUGCGGCGGAGGCGGCUGGGACAGAUCCCUGCAGUUCACUCAGCCCACCGUGCUUUACUGAGGAGGACAGAUUCAGCCUAGAAGCUCUCCGCAUGAUACAUAAGCAAAUGGAUGAUGACAAAGAUGGUGGUAUUGAAGUCGAUGAAAGUGAUGAGUUUCUAAGGGAAGAUAUGCAAUACAAGGAUGCCUCUAAUAAACAUAGUCAUCUGCACAGAGAAGACAAACACAUCACCAUUGAGGAUCUGUGGAAGCGCUGGAAAACAUCUGAAGUUCAUAACUGGACUCAAGAAGACACUCUUCAGUGGCUGUCAGAAUUUGUUGAACUGCCCCAGUAUGAAAAGAAUUUUAGAGACAGCAACGUCAAUGGAACAACACUUCCCAGGAUAGCAGUAAAUGAACAUGCUUUCAUGAUCUCCCACUUGAAAAUAAUUGACCGGAGCCAUAGACAGAAGCUUCAGCUUAAAGCCUUGGAUGUUGUUUUAUUUGGACCUCUUACACGUCCCCCUCACAACUGGAUGAAGGAUUUUAUAUUAACAGUUUCUAUAGUUAUUGGUUUUGGAGGCUGCUGGUUUGCAUAUACACAGAACAGAACCUCAAGAGAACAUAUCACAAAAAUGAUGAAGGAUUUAGAAAGUCUUCAAACAGCAGAGCAAAGUCUUCUUGACUUGCAGGAAAGGCUUGAGAAGGCACAAGAAGAAAAUAGAAAUGUUGCUGUGGAAAAGCAAAAUCUGGAGCGCAAAAUGAUGGAUGAGAUCAGUGAUGCAAAACGGGAAGCUCAUCGCCUGAGGGAGUUGAGGGAGGGAGCUGAAUGUGAGCUCAGCAGGCUCAAAUACGCAGAGGAAGAGCUAGUACAGGUUCGCAUGGCUUUAAAAAAGGCUGAGAAGGAGUUUGAGUUGAGAAGUAAUUGGUCUGUUCCUGAAGCUUUGCAGAAGUGGCUUCAGUUAACACAUGAAGUUGAAGUACAGUAUUACAAUAUCAAAAGACAGCAUGCAGAAAUGCAGCUGGCAAUUGCCAAAGAUGAGGCAGAAAAGAUAAAAAAGAAGAGAAGCACUGUAUUUGGAACAUUACAUGUUGCACACAGCUCUUCCUUGGAUGAAGUGGACCAUAAAAUCCUUGAAGCCAAGAAAGCACUCUCUGAGUUGACGACAUGUUUGCGAGAGCGUCUUUAUCGAUGGCAACAGAUUGAGAAGAUUUGUGGCUUUCAAAUAGCACACAAUUCUGGGCUACCAAGCUUGACCUCCUCUCUCUACUCUGAUCACAGCUGGGUAGUUAUGCCUCGAGUUUCCAUUCCUCCUUACCCAAUUGCAGGGGGAGUUGAUGACUUAGAUGAAGAUACUCCUCCAAUAGUUUCACAGUUUCAUGGGUCCAUUGUAAAACCUCCCAGCACAUUGGCAAGAAGCAGUAGCUUGUGUCGAUCAAGACGCAAUGUUGUGCCAUCAUCUCCACAGUCUCAGCAUGCUUUGCACUCCCCUGACCCUGACAUCCUUUCUGUGUCGAGCUGCCCAGCUCUUUAUCGAACUGAAGAGGAGGAGGAAGCCAUUUACUUCUCUGCUGAUAAACAAUGGAUCAAAAGCAAUGUCAGCUACUGGGCGAAGAGAAGAUGGAUGGUAACACAAUUCUUACAGCAUGUUGAGCGUGUACCUACUCUUGUUACAUGGCCUCAUAGGAAAAGGUUAAAUUCCUUUUGGAAGGAGCAAAUGAGCUUGUUGAAAGGGAAGUACAGGAAACAGGUUCGGAAUGUGACUCCUUAAAUUCAUCCACUGGAAGGAAGCAGUCUCCUCCAGCAAGCCUUGAGAUGUACCAGACUCUUUCUCCUCAGAAAGUAUCCCCGGAAGAAUUCUCACUGGAGGAAUCAUCUACAGGAGACUCCUCUUCUCUAACUGCAGAUAUUUCUAGGGGUUCUCCUGACUGUGUAGGCAUGGCAGAAACUAAGAGCAUGAUCUUUAGUCCUGCAAGUAAAGUUUAUAACGGAAUCCUGGAGAAGUCCUGCAGCAUGAACCAGCUUUCGACUGGGAUCCCAGCCCCAAAGCCUCGGCACACUUCCUGUUCUUCAGCCAGCAGUGAUAGUAAACCCAGCCAUGAAGCUGCUUCAGUCCCUAGGAUAAGUAGCAUCCCACAGGACCUGUACCAAAAUGGUGAAAAAAACAAAAAGCCAUCGAAAAUAAAAAGCUUCUUUAAGAAGAAGUGUAAGUGAGGUGGGCAGAAGAAACGUAUAGUAAUGUUAAAAGAACUCUAUUUUUUAAAUCUUUAGGAAUGUAAUUCCAUUUGAGCAUUCCAGACUGGAUGCCCUAAUGGAAUGCUCUGUAGGUCAACUAUAUUUAACUGACUGUACUGUCAAAGGUUGUGCCAGCUGUCAAUGAGAAAUCAUUAAAAAGUUCAGACAGUUUACAUUAAUUUCUGCCUAUUUAUUUCUUUAUUUUUUAGUUUGUCUUUUUUAGUGGUUUUUGUUUUUAAUUUUUUUUGUUUUGUUUUUAGUUUAUUCAUAAACCAUUUUUAAGCCUCUUUGGACUUCUAAGCUUUAAUGGACUAGUAAGCCUUCCUGGGCUUGCCAAAGUUUCUUGUUUACCGGAGCAUCUUCCUAUCUUUCCGUAGAGCUAGGACAUUUAUCUACUGGACUUUAAGAAAAACAAAAGAAAUAGAACUAAUUGAAUUGCACUACUGUUUUACAGACUGGAAAAGUCUCUCUGCAAGCGAAACUGAAAGACUUGUAUUUGACUGAGAAGAUGAAUCUUUUCACUUUUAGAUCUUUUGGGGUUUUUAAGUAGAACUUAGGAUUUCUAAUUGACUUGAUUUCUGGAAAUGGAAAUGCCAUGCUUUUAUUAUGGGAAGCUUUGUUAGAUGCAUUUAUUAUUAGAAUGGUUCAAGUCCUGCUGUAAAGAUCAUGUUUUUCCCAGGACUUUCACUGUGAUUUUACUUCACUGCAGGCUGUAUGACAAAAAAAAAAAAAAAAAAAUUAACAAGAGGCUCUUGAUUCCUUAUGCAAGUGAUGGAUAUGAAACUUGACUGAGGACUGAAAAUAUUCACCCUCUUAAAAUGAGGAGAGGGGCUAGUAGCUUUUGUUUACAGACUGACAGACAAUGGACAUUUGGUUUGUGAAAGUUUGUACUGUGGUAAAGAUAAUAAAUUGGAAACAUUAUUGUGCUUGGGAAUGUUCCAAUUUUAGCUGAUGCUUGUUUCAGACAUGUUUCAGAGGUCCUGUUAAUUGAAAACUAUUGUAGGCUACGUUGCUUUGCUUACUGCUGUGUAUAAGUUGUUACUAUAUUUUUUGGAUUAGCUAUUAAUGUCUUAAUGCUCUCCUUUUGUAAGAUUUCAUACACUUUAUUUUUGUAUAGUUUGAAGAUUUAGCUGUUCAGACAUGUCUGAAGUAAAUGGUAUAAUUUUAUAAUGCAUACUGUUAUACUAACUCAUAAUUUUAGAUAUAAAGAUAGAUUAUAAAGGUGAGACUCGACAUGCUUGAGAUAAAAGCAAUUUUUAUGUUAAGCUUUUAUAGGGAGAGAUGAAAUUACUAUGAGGUAACAAGGAAGCCUUCUUAGGGCAACAGUAGCUAGUUGUUCAAAAACAUCUAUUUUUUUUUAAACAGUUGGAGACAACAGAUGUACUGCUUGAGCAACAGUGCCUUUUAUUCAGUUUAUUUGAAAAUAUUAAUACUGAGCAGGAAUUUCUUUCGAGAUAUAUUCCAAAGAAAUAGUUCUUGCUCUAGUGAACACAAGCAAUUUACCCAGUGAUGACUAAAUAGUUUCAGCUCUUCCAUAGGGGUAUUCUAGUUGCCUCAGUAACAGGUACCACUGCCAGGGACCUGUGAUUAGGGGCUCACUUCUUGCCAAUAGUACAUGCUGUACUGUAUCAAAGAAUUAAUUCACUGACUGCCUAAAUUUUUUUCUAGUAAGAAGCCUUCAAAACCUGUAGCUAACUGAAAUCAAGUGAUACAUGUCUUUUCUAGCAUUUUCUAUUUAGGUUCCACUGUACAUAACUGACAUGUUAGUUCUGUCCUCGAGAAGUGAUGGUGAUGUUAACAGAAGCAUUUACUGUGACUAGUGAAAUGGUUAGAAAACGGGAUGGAGACCUUACGUGUGCAAGUACCUUAAAAGUUCUAGUACGUUGAUCAGUUCAUUAAGAGAACAGGAGGGAUCCGGAGUCUUACUAUAUCAAAGAUGAUAUUGUUUGUCAUCUAUACAGAAAAGCAUAGGAGGAAUCAACUGUUUGUUAAAGUCUGGAGAAGAAAAAAAAUCGGUGGAGUAGAAAAUGAUGAGAACGUGACAUUUUUCCAUUAUUCUCUGAAUCACCAGAUUGAGCAGCUAUAGCUGCAGAAAAAGUCAUCACAAGAUAACAAUGCCCUCUUUGAACAAAGAUUGUACUCUCUGUACAUGCUAGACAAAAAAAGUAGCAGUGAUGCAAAAAGACUUGUACCAGAGAACCACCUCAAUGCUGAGCCGUCAGAGUUGUAGUUAAAAGCCUGAUGAAGUACUUGAGCAUUUACAAAGGGAAAAGAGUACAUUAAAAAAGUAGGGAACUUAUUUUGCCUCCUAAACAGAAUAGAGAAGACUACUACCAGAAAAAUAUUCUGGUUUUAUGUAUGCAUUUGAGAAGGCUAUAGCAAUAGUUGAAUUUAAAGUAAGAUCUGAGGUUGCAUAGUAGAUUUUGCAGUGUGAGGUUUGAGGAACUCUGUCUUUCAUUACCAAAGAUGAUGAAGCGGCAUUUUGAUACUGAAGAGUAAAUAUUUACACAUGGAAAAAAAUAUCUGGUACUGAGGAGUGGGAGGACAGCACUUCUUAAUCCUGACAUCAAAGUUUGGCUUCCCAGUAUUUGAGCUUGCCCAAACAGAUAAAUUCAGUUUUCUGUAGUAAGUAUAGCUAAAUAUUGAAAUAGAGAUGGUGCUGGGCUCGUAACUGGGUGUGAGUUUAAGUGUUAAGUAUCUUUUUACUUUUUAAAAUACACAAUUUAACUUUCUUCUGGAAAAAAGCAAAGUUAUGGUGUUAUAUGAACAAAUCAGAUGAGAUUAUCAUAGUGAUAGAUUUCAGCUUCAAAAUGGCAAACAUUUGAAGUACAGACUGCACUCAACACUCAGUUUAUUACCAGCCGUCCUGUAACUUUAUAGCUGCUACUUAAUAAAUGUUACAGAACUAAAAGCUGAAGUUAAUAUUAUCAGAAAUGGUGAAUAUUGUAUGUUGGAGCUAAAACUAAUUUUAAGUUCAUAGAAUUGGGUUUUUUAAAAAAUUACUUUAAUAGACCCCAUGCACAUAUUGACACCUAAACUCCACAAUCUAAGUGACUUGCAUUGCUCCUAAUAUGGCUCCUGUAGAAACGCUCGUUGUCAAAAUGUUAGCAUCCUUUUGCUAGGGUAUGUUGAGAGCACUGAAAGAUCCUCACUGACAAACAUCAAAUCCAGACUUCAUGUUAAAGUAGCUGGCACAUCUCAGAAGUGAGACGAUGUGCUUUAAAAAGUCCUCUGUUUUUCCUCCAUUUGCUUAACGGUGUAACUUGAACUGGCUGGCAGACAGAGUCCAGCCAGCAUUCCAACCACUAGGAUUUCUCUAAGACAUGCCAGUCAUUUGAGACAAUCAUCUAGUGUCAUCGUCCCUAAAUGGCUGAGGACUUCCUAGACUGUAAACUCAGAAUAGUUGGGCUCAGAGUAUUUUUUUUAUUUAUUUUAUCUUUUAUAGUUAAAAUCCAUGUUCUAUUUUUAGUUCUUGAAGUUCUCCAGUAUUGUUCAGAAGAUGAGGAUCUUUGCUUUCUUAAGUAUUUUGUUAGAGUCCUUUGUCAGGACAGCAGCCCCUUUGUGGAAACUGCCUAAAAAACCUUCUCCCUGAAUAGGUUACCGUUUCAGUCUUUCACCUCUAAAGUGUCAACUGUGUGGUUCUGUAUAAAGAAGAAGAAAAAACCCCUCAAUUCUUCCAAAACUGAUCAAACUCACUUUUACACAAUUCUUACCAAAGCUGUGUUGCACUUCUUUCCUAAUAGCAUAAAAAUUUUAGAAAAGGCAUUUCUGGUUGCCAUGGGGAAUACUUUUGACCAGUUUAUGAUGGACUUCGAGAUUAAAACAGUUGAUUCUUUUUCCCUGCUCAGUGAUGGAAUUUAAAAUUGCUCAUUGGCAGUUCCAGGCAUAUGUCAACUUUUCCUUCCCCACUUCAUUGGUACCUAGGUAGCAGAUUACUGCCCAUUAGAAAGUGGAAAAUUUGCUGAAAGAGGGAAGAUUCUCCAUCACAGUCAAGGUAAUAAUAUUAUAGUAAGAAUACAGUUCCUCAUUUAGAAGCCUUGAAGAUGGUGAAGCCAUCUUGGAGGAUGGAUACUUGACUUCAGUUUUCUUACAGUAUUUAUGGAUGCCAGCUUGAGUUAGGCAUUAGCUUACGACUGAUUGAAAUCCUAAAAAGAUAAAAUUAAUUAGAAAUUGAAGCUUUUAAAAUAUUGCCCUUUUGCUUCCCAAUAUGUGGGAAAAUGGCAUGCACAGGAGAGAGAUUAGCUUUAAUUAGUAUUUCUAAUACCACCAGCUUUUACAGCUUCAGGAUAGUUUCAUUCCAUUUCCAAGAUUCCCUCUCCAGCAGUGUUUACUACCUUAAUUGUGUAAUGUAUGCAAAGAAGCAUUUACUUUUCAUUUACUUAUAAGCAGGGGAGAAUGUAAAUAAACUGAAUGCUUAAUUUAAAAAAAAAAAUUUUUUUAAAGCCAAAUAGAGGAAUUACUGGUUCUUGGACCUCUUUACUAUUUGCUUAUCUCCUUGUGCAAUAUGUUAAGUAAAGUGAAAACAGUUUUCUAAUCUGUUCCAGUUGCACUGACUAAAGUGAUGCAUUACUAUCUCAUGUUUGAAACACUGCUUGCUCUGAAUUGCUGUAGGCAUUUUAAUCCUGGAUGUUGCAUCUUCAUUGAAUAAUAGUUAAGCAUACUAAGACUGUUUGAUUCUAAGUGCUGGUAAACUUCUCCACUAAAACUUAAACACAGUUGUUGGUAUAACCAAUAACCAAAAAAGGCUUUUGCAAGUAGAGUUUGACUGGCUGAGAGCAUGCAAAUGUUUAGGUCACCAUUCUUUGAGGCUUCAGUAGCAGUCCGACAGUGUAAUACACAUUUUCAACAGAUAACUUUCCCUUCCAGCCCUAUAGAGAUGGUGCUGAUCUGAAACUCCACUUAGUCCUCUAUUACAUAAACAUAAUGCACUAAUUCAUAUAAAUUGUAACGAUAUUAACCUUUAAACUGUUAUUCCCAUUUGCUCUUGCAUCUGACAUUACUUAAGCAAGAUGUCAGUACUGAUCAGUCCACUUCAGUCUUUCAGAAAUAAAAUGGAUUUGGUUUACCUUUUUUCUCUACAACUUUGAAUCUCAAGUUUACCAAAUUAUGUGUGUGUUCUGUGUAUUUAAUGCUUCACUGAAAUGAAAGUGGGAAGGUUGGUCUCUGUUUAGAUGUUAAGGAAAGCACAUUUGAGCAGGGUAAAAAAAAGUUCAUCUUGCUCAUUGCAGAGGAUGAAAAAGAGUUCAGAGGUAUUUCAUCUGCUUUAGAGUCAGAAGACUAAGGAGUGCUCACUACUUACAUUGCUGGAGAUGAGAGGUACAUUCAAUCUCAAAGCUUUCAGAUCCGUAACUCUUCAUCCCAGAAGAACCUUUUCUUUUUUAGACAUACUCAGCAGGGCAUUACUUUUGUAUUUCUCUUCCAUUUUUGACCCAGCAUAAAAUUUGGUAGUUAUAGAACUGGUGAUUGCUAGACCUCAGAGCAGUUUCAGAUAACGAUUUUAGUAGUGUGUUUUAAAGUCAAUUUUGGUUUAAUAUGUGCUAAAGACAUCUGAAAUAAGACUUUCUCCUUCACAUUCCUUUUAUUUUAAUUAUAUGGAGUUCUUUGUGAUCCCUCUACUGUUAAAAAAAUAAGCAGGUACUGAUAGUUGAUUCAUAUUCAUGUUUAGAAUACAGUAUUUUUUUUUUUUUCAGCUGAGAAUUGCUACUAGAUAAGUGGUAGAUAGUUGCUUUUUAAAGGCUAGAUCAUGGUUGGAUAUUGUUGUAAAAACACUGCUGUACCUCAGUUGAACUAAGUACAGCAUUGACUGGUGCAAUUUGUAUAUGAGUGAUAAAGUUGCUAUUUUUAAAUCCUCCUGUGUUUUUUAUUUGUAUCUUGAUGCUGCACAAUUAUUUUCAGACUUGAAUUCACUUAAAAUUAGGGUCAGUAUAUCCAGUCCUACAAAAGUCAGUCUUCAGUUUUCAGCCACCAGACUGUUCGUACUGAACUGAAUUAAAAUCUUGAAUAUUUGUACUAGCUUAUUAGCUUGUUAGGUGGUAAAGUGGUUUCCUGGAGGUCUUCAGGUGGAAGGCAGAGAACUUCUGAAGUGAACCAGGUAACCUGUAUUUUUUAUCAGCUUUCAAAUCCAUCUCCCAAUAAGACCGAGUCUCCCCAGGGGAAUGUAGUUGUACUUACUGCUUUGAACUUUGUAGUUAAUUAUAUUUGGCUAUCUAAUUCUAAUAACUUGCAUGUGCGCUGUGCUUGCUUGCUUUUCAAUAGCUGAUGAAAGCUAUAGGAGAUCUUGGGGGUUUGCUUAAAAAAUUGAUGUUUAAAAAGAAAAAAAAAAACUGGCAUGAUAAAUCUGUCAGGCUGUGAACUGACUAGAACCAACAAAGAUCCCAGCUUUUUGUUUGAGAAUUGUUUAAAUAGUUCUUUAUGAAAUUAAUUGGGUAUCAUGUGUAUUUUCACAUUGCUUUCCUCCAAGCAACAAAAAUAAUUAAAAUACCCUACGUUUCAGCAAGGCUAUUUGGGAGAUGUCUUGCCCUGGUUUUAUUUUUAAUUUAAAUAACACUGAGUUGUAGUGAGUGUUCAGCAUAUUAAUGCCUGACUUAAAAGAUUAGCAGAAUUUGAAUGACUUGCAUUGUUUUGUUUAAUUACAGCUUUAUAACAGUGUAGAUAUUUGCAUAAAGCCUGUCAUUUGAUCUAGGUAUGUUUCAAUGACAUAGCAAGAAGAGGACCAAGACAAGUAAAUAUGUGCACAAUUUAAACCUUACUUAAGAUGCUUUACUGUUCUGGGAAGAGAUGUUGUUCUUCAUGCAGAUUCUGCUCUUCCUCUGUUUGCUCUUAGCUUCUGUUUGUUUUCAUUAGUUGAACUAAAAUAAGAAACAAAGCCCUCAGACUGACUAGUUUCUGUCUCUCUAAUAUAUACACACUGUACUUGCUUUUAACCUCAUCUACUGCAUGUUGUUAAUGCUGUACACAAAUGCAGUUGGAGUAUUUCUUUGGUGUUGUACAGCAUGAUGCAUUUCAUUCCCCAUUCUAUUUUACCUCCCAUUAGCUAUAUAUUGCUUUACAACUGGAAAAAAAUCCUGAGUUUUUGGGAAUUUAGUCUGUUUGCAUAUAAAAAAAUCAUUUUUUUUUUUCCUGUGAGUCUUAUGAGAAAUGUCCUGCUUGGAGAGUCUCAGACAGUAUUUUCCUGUGUUUAUUCAUGUUACUUUGCUUUAUUUUAUAAGUGGAUAUUGAUUUUUGAUGUGUUGUUACACUUAAUGUUGAAUAAAUCUGACUUCCGUUUUGAAAAGUGAAA